AUGGAGGGUGAAUCUGACACAAACAUAGAAGUCGGCACGGCCCCGGCGGACCAACCCAAAACGGAAGUGGUCGCAGGCGACGCCAGCCCUAUCGUCGCGUCUCCGGGCGUCGAUGAAGGCAAACGGGUCCUCCUCAAAGUGUCAUUACCCGAUUUCCAAUCGACCACGAUUUUCAUCGGUCCGGAACAAACGAUGGAAACGGCGCUGAUGCAUAUCUGCCAGAAGAGGCAGCUCGAUUUCGAGCAGUACACGCUGGAGGUUCCGAAAGAAGGCGUGAUAGUGGAGAUGGACCGCACUGUGGCCUUCUACAAUCAGCAGGGCAUUGGUGAGGUCAUCGUGGUCCAGAAGGAAAAGACGUAUAGCACUAUGUGUGUCAACGAGGGAGGGCAAGACGUCAUGAUUCUUCAGGCGUUGUCUGGAAAGCCGCAGGUCAUGGCAGCAACUCCAGCCAAACUAAUCGAGCGGUUAACCGAUCAAGAUGAAAACGACAAAACUUUUAUGGACACUUUGCUGUUGACAUAUCGCUCCUUUAUGACUCCCGUCGAUUUCUUCGACCAACUGGUUGCGCGCUUCAAUUCCGAGCUCCCUCCGGAUCCUAGUCCGGAGGACAUCGAGUACUUCAAUAGGAUGAAGCUUCCCACACAGAAGAGGGUUAUUGCGACCUUCAAAUGGUGGGUGCAACACCAUUACCAUGACUUCGGGGUGGACAGCGCAGUCAAAGCCGACCUGGAAGAUUUCGUGGACCAAAUCACCACUUACAACGGCGGCGAAUUUGCCGCCGACGCCUCAGAGCUCUACGGGUACAUAGAGUCGCAAGCCUUGGCCUACGAGGAGAUGUUUCAUAAUUACAAGAACGUCGAGCGGAAGGGCAAGACAAUAGAAGGCAUGGUUCAAGAGAUCUCAGUCGACGACCUGGCGCAGCAGAUCUGCUUGCAUGAUUUCAAGUUGUUCAACAACAUCCACCCCAUCGAGUAUCUGAACCAGAUCUGGAACAACUCGGCGGAGAGUUCGCCGUCGAUGAAGUACUUCAUUGAACGGUUUGAUAAGGAGUCGUAUUGGGCGGCUACGGAGAUCGUGAAAGAGAAGGAUCUCAAAAAGCGGACUGCGCUGCUGCGGAAGUUCAUACUAACGGGAAAGAUGUGUCAGGAGCUCAACAACUUCUUUACCAUGUUUGCCAUCAUCGCUGGUCUCAACAUACCACCAAUACAACGCCUGAAGAAGACAUGGGAAGCUUUGCCGGACAAAGCGAAAAAGAGCUGGGCGGAAUUGGAGAAAAUGGCUGAUCCUUCCAGGAAUAUGAAGAAUUACCGCGACACAUUGCUUGCGGCGAGUCCGCCCAUUGUGCCUUUCUUACCGAUCUACCUCAAAGAUCUAACCUUCAUGAACGACGGAAACGAGUCGAAAAUCGGCACCGAGCGCCAGAUGAUCAACUUUGACAAACUCCGGAUGAUGGGCAACCGCGUGAAAGACAUCUCCGCGCUGGCCCGCAUCGAGUACAACUUCGAGCCCAAACCACCAAUACAAAAUUUCCUCUCGAAGCCACCGGUGGAGAAAAGUAUGGCCAAGCUCAAGGAAUUGUCGCUAGAAUGCGAAAAGUCGGAGAAAUAG